AAGAAUAGCCUGCUGUCGACUGCUGUCACAUAGAUAAAAGUUGAAGAAAAAAAAAUCUUUUCAUGUACAAGGUUAUCAGUACAAGAUUUCACAUGAAGGCAUCAGUUUUACAGAUGGCUCUGGUGGUGAGCCAAGAACAUGCCUAUUUGUCUAUUUAGAGAUAAUGCUGAGCAAGAGAGAGAGAGAGAGAGAGAGAGAGAGAUCUCCCUGCUGGCAAUGAGACGAGCCUAGGAACGUAUAGGUCUGUGAAGAGCUCCUGAAGUUCUUGAGACGGGACGUAAAACAAACAAGAAACGAAAAUGGAUUUGACGGAAAAAAACGACCUGGAUAACCAGAUGACUAUAUUACAAAGUUCAGCGAUGGACGAGGAAGAGGAGGAGGAGGAGGGUCAGGAUAUAAACGACGAAGUCCAGGAUUUGAGUAACAGUCUGAGAGAAAUCGUCCAAGAAGAGAUAGUGAAGCCCAAACUUCAGUGCCUGAUGAUGGAUCCGGCUUUCUCAAUGGUUACCCUACAGAACGAGGACAGCGGGAUCCUCUGGGAGACGGCGUCUAGCAGCUGCUCCACACCCUGGGCUUCGGAAAUCAGUUCCCCAGCCCCGGAUCUCCGCUACAGCCUUGUUCCGAGAUGUCCGACCGGUCCGGGUUCGGAAACGGCUGGAAAGAUCACCUUUAUAAUGGACGAGGAUCAUAUGAUCAGGAGGAAGAAAAAGAAGCGUAAUAAAGAGCAUGAGAAGCUACCGAUGAUAGCAGACGAAGCGGGAGGAGAACCUGAUAGACCUGCCAUGGUGGAGGUCUCUGUUCCCAAUGUGACGGUCGAGAAAGAAAAAGAAGAUGAACGGAAAGACUCGAAAGAAGCAAGAAAGCAACGUUUGUUCUGUCUAGUUUCUGAGGGAUCAGAGAUUCUGAAUAUUGUUGUGCCCCCCAAGGUGUCCACAGUGGAUGAGGAGGAGAGCAAAGGACUGGAGGAUAACUUGUCUUACCUUGAAGAGACACCUGUUAUCAAAGCCAGUGAGAUCCCUGAAGAACCCGAAGCAUCUGAGGAGACAGAAAAUCUGGAACAGCUUCAAGCUCCAGUCCAGGAGGUAACUUUACCCUCACUGAUCAAGCCAACACGAAAAGAAGGUACAUGUGAGGACUACUUUGAGAAAUUCACGCUCUUAGACCAUCAGGCACCAUCGGGAGGUCCUACAGUAAACGAGAACCAAGAGCCUGAGAUCGACUCAGAGCAAGACCUUUAUCUGGGCAAAGAUAAUGCCAUGGAUAGAAAUCCAGUUCCAGAAAUUUUAGACGAUUCUGCAUCAGUUAAUGGACUGGAGAUCACCAGCGAGCAUGUGGAUGAGGUAUUUUAUGGAGGUGGAUCAGAUCCAGACUUUCAAAACACAACAAAGAGGGCCGGUAAAGAGGAGGAGCAGCCAAAAUCAUCCUUAAAGAAAAGUGGAAGUGCUCUGUUCGGUAGCCAAGAGUCAAUCCUUACUCCGAUUUAUCUGCCUGAGGGACCUCAGAAGAUCAUCGAUCUAGUCCUGUUGGAGGAACCGAAGGCCAUGGCAUUUAUGUACUCAGAUUUGUAUGCGGAAGCUCUAGGGAGCAGGAUGAAGCAAGAAGAUACAGAGAGCGUGACUUCAGAAAAGUCCUUCCACAGCCAGGAGUCUGACCUCGAAGACAGAGGCUACUUGGAGAAAUUUGUGCUUAAAGAUGAAACUCCAGUGACUCUGAUGGAUCCAUUACAUGAUGACUGUAAAAGAGACGACAUUAGGAUGUGGUCACAUGAUGCAUUUGGCUUUACUCGACAUGACAAGGAUGACACUCCUGGAGCGCUGGAUGAUGUGGAUGAAAUCACAGAUUUCUUCAGGAAUAGCGCUAGCUCUUCUCCAUGCGAACCUCUCCAGAUAUCUGAGGUGGAACCGGAAGAAACAAGAACGGACACUAAGGUUCGGCGUGUGGUUUUCCGAGACGAAGUACAGGAAACUGAAGAAGACACAGACAUUGCAGAAGCAUUUUUAAAACUGGACACUGGCAUGGAGGAAAGCUCGAAAACUGCAGACUACAAAUCACUCAUUACUGAAUAUGCUGCCAAGACAUGUGCGGCCUCACUGAGCAAGUCCGAAAAAACAAAGCUUUCCUCCAAAGCUAAACCUCCCAAACAUGCAAACAUCCCAGUCCAUGUUCCUCAAACUGUGAAACCCAUCACACCGCGUUACAAACCCUUCCUGGAGCUGACUCCAUUACUUCCAGUAGAGCUGCCUGAGGAAGCCGGACAGAAAGAAAGCGAUAAUGUUUCUUCAUCCGCCGCCGUUAAAGGAGAAGAGGCCUCAGUUGAAACCCAGGACUAUGGGCAAAUCAGCCAGCAGGAGGCUAAAAAGUCUGCCCUCGUACCUCAGCAAUGCACAUCCACAGGAAUAGAGGAUACCGACAGGUCCGGCUUUACUAGGGCGGAAAACAAGAAAACGAGUCAGUUGGAUCUCCUAUAUGAUGAUGUCGAGCCGGAUAAUGAGACUGUAGAUAUUCCGGCAUCAUAAGUUAAAAAUUCAUGCUAGGAGCUAUAUAAAAACCCUGAUCUGUAUAUGUUCACCAGGACACUGCUGUAAAUAUUUCAAUAACCUUUCACUCUACAUGGAUCGUGCAAGUCUUUUAUACAAGAUCUGCAAAAUAAAUAAACCUGAGAAUAUCAUUAAAGAGAUUUACAA